GAGGGUUGGUAUGGACGGAGAGAGAACGCGCGCGCGAGAGAGAGAGAGAGAGAGAGAGAUGGAGAGAGGCAGGGAGGGAGAGCGCACGAACAGCGUUGCCGUUACUGUCAGCUGUGGAACGGUUCAGUCAUCAAUGGACAGGGUACACACGUAGCAUAGCCUCUUUCAAUGUACCUUUAUUUCUGCUAUGAAACGGAGGGAAGUAUAAUCAAAUCCGGUUACCUAGUUUCGCUUUCAUCGUUUAUAUUGCAGAUUGAAAUGGAGACAACGUUGUGUUAGCGCGCGCUAUUGAUUAGACUCCAAUAGGCUUUAUUCCUUGCGGAAUAUUUGUUUGAUCUCAACCAUAUAUUAACAAUGAUGGAGUAUUGGAGGCAGUGCGCAUUAUGGCUGAUCAACUGCAAGGUGCUACCACCCAACCAUCGGGUAACAUGGGAGUCCGCCCAGGUAUUCGACCUGGCUCAGACACUCCGAGAUGGAGUGCUCCUGUGUCAGCUUCUCAACAACCUCCGACCCCAGUCCAUCAACCUCAAAGAGAUUAAUCUCAGACCGCAGAUGUCACAGUUCCUGUGCUUGAAGAACAUCAGGACAUUUCUCUCCGCCUGCUAUGAGAUAUUUGGCAUGAAGAAGAGUGAACUCUUUGAGGCCUUCGACUUGUUUGAUGUGCGGGACUUUGGAAAGGUUAUGGACACAUUGUCCAAACUGUCCCACACCACGAUUUCAGAACAAACCGGAAUAAAGGCUUUUCCUUCAGAGGAGAGUCUAGAAGAAGAUGAGGACAUCUAUAACCACCUAGAAGACUUGAUUGAUGAGAAAGGUGUGGAGGACGAGGAGGAUCUUUAUGACUGUGUCUAUGAUGAUGAAGAUGGAGGAGAGAUCUAUGAAGAUCUGAUGAAGGCUGAAGCCGUUCGUCCUCCUCUGAAGCAGGUAGAGACAGACAUCAGGAGCUGCUGUCUGACAGAGAUCAAGCAGACUGAGGAGAAGUACACAGAGACUCUGGACUCCAUAGAGAAGUAUUUUAUGGCACCUCUUACGACAUUCCUGUCCUCAGAGGAGAUGAAGAAAGUGUUUGUCAACAUUCCGGACCUGGUUAAGGUUCACAAGAGUCUCAUGGUGGAGAUCCAAGACUCUGUCCGCCAUAAAAGUGCUCAGAACAUCUACCAGAUCUUCAUCCACUACAAAGAGAGAUUGCUAAUAUAUGGGAAAUACUGUAGCCAUGUAGAAACAGCCAUCGUUGCUUUGGAUGACAUUUGCAAACACAGAGAGGACAUCCGAAUGAAGCUGGAGGAAUGUGCAAAGAGAGCCAACUAUGGAAAGUUUACACUGAGGGAUCUGCUAGUGGUCCCUAUGCAGCGGGUACUCAAGUAUCAUCUUCUUCUACAGGAAUUAGUGAAACACACUCACGAUGCAGCUGACAAGAGCAAUUUGCGGCUGGCGCUGGAUGCCAUGAAGGACCUGGCUCAGUACGUCAAUGAAGUGAAGAGAGACAACGAGACACUGAGAGACAUAGCCCAGUAUCAGAAAUCCAUCGAAAACCUUAAUCAGUCUCUUAGUACCUAUGGGAGACCAAAAGGAGACGGAGAGGUACGCGUUACCUCAAUCGACAAACGUGCCAAACAGGACCGGCACAUCUUCCUGUUCGAUGCUGCUGUGAUCGUCUGUAAGAGGAGAGGAGACAACUAUGAGAUGAAGGAGGUGAUCGACCUGCACCACUUCAAGAUCACCAACAACCCCACGUCAGAUAAGGAGAACAGGAAGUGGUCCUAUGGGUUCUACCUGACACACAACCAGGGGCAGAGUGGCUUCGAGUUGUUCUUCAAAACCAAGGAGCUGAAGAAGAAAUGGCUGGAGCAGUUUGGCAUGGCCAUAUCCAACAUACGUCCAGAGAAUGGCACCAGUAACUUCCAUGAGUUCAAGAUGCACACCUUCGACAGAAUUACAUCCUGUAGCUACUGCCACAUGCUGCUAAGGGGUAUCUUUAACCAGGGGUACCUUUGCUCCAAGUGUGGUGUUGGAGCCCAUAAGGAGUGUCUGGGGAGGUUUGGCAGCUGUGGAAAAACAGAUCCGGGCUCCUUCAGAACUCAGGAAAAAUCAGUGCAAGGACAGCGCUCAGAUCCAGGGUUACCUAAGAUGUUGGUGACCAGGAACUAUUUUGGCGUGCCAAGUCCCAUAUGUGGCCCGCCCCUCAACAUCCAGCAAGGUGACAUCAUCGAGCUGGUCUGUGCCGAUCUACACAGCUCCUGGUGGCAGGGCAAAAUUCUGGCGACGAGAGAGGUCGGCUUCUUUCCAAGUGAUGCCGUGAAGCCGUGUCCAUGUGUCCCCAAACCUGUCGACUACUCCACACAACCUUGGUUUGCUGGGCCCAUGGAGAGACUUCAGGCUGAGGCAGAGCUGAUCAACAGAGGGAACAGCACCUACCUGGUCCGCCACCGGAGCCGCGAGUUCACAGAGUACGCCAUCAGCAUCAAGUACAGCAAUGACGUGAAGCACAUCAAGAUCCUGACCAGAGAUGCCUGCUUCCACAUCGCAGAGAACAAGAAGUUCAGGAGUAUAUUAGAACUAAUUGAGUACUACAAACACCAUUCAUUGAGGGAAGGCUUCAGAAGCCUGGACACCACACUGCAGUUCCCCUACAGAGAGCAGGAGAAUGCUGCUAUGCUCCACACCAACAGACCCGGAGGAAACACCCCAUUGCUCUGUGGGCUGACUUAUGUAACUCCUGCCGGCUACAGCUUUGUUCCUCCCUCCUCCGCUCCUUUCUGGUCAGUGUUCACCCCUAAGGUGAUGGGUGUGGCGAUUGCCCGCUAUGACUUCAGCUCCAGGGACACCAGAGAGCUGUCUCUACAGGAGGGAGAUGUAGUCAAGAUCUACACCAAGUCAGGAGCCAAUGGCUGGUGGAGGGGAGAGGUCAGCGGCAGGGUGGGCUGGUUUCCAUCUACCUAUGUGGAAGAAGGAGAGGAGUGAGAAAGAAAAAUACUGUUUGGUUUAGUACUGGACCCUUUAUGGUUGAUCUGACAGAUUGCUGAGAUGGGACUUCCUUAUCUGGGAUUCCAGCCCUCCUAUUGGCUGUUAAGUCAGUGACGUCCCAGAGACCUUUGGGAAAAGAGGGGUUUCUCGAUGAACUAGUUACUGGUUCUCUCUGCAACUGACUAAUGACUGGUUCUCUCUGCAACUGACUAAUGACUGGUUCUCUCUGCAACAGACUAAUGACUGGUUCUCUCUGCAACAGACUAAUGACUGGUUCUCUCUGCAACAGACUAGUGACAGGUUCUCUCUGCUCUGCUCCACCACUUCAACAGCUUUGUUGUCAGCAGGGGAAGGACCUUUGCCAGAUCCCAGCUCUCUCCUUCCAUCCCUCCCUCUCUUCCUCGCUCCCUCUGUCAAUACUGCUACCACAAGUUGUCGCUGAAAUAUUUAAAUGCUGCCCAUCCAUCUAUCCAUCCAUCCAUUUAUCCAUCCGUCCACACCACCCAGAAUAUAGCUAAGACUGUCUAAGGAUUUGGAAAAGUGAAAGAGAAAAGAGAGGGAGAGAGAAGAGACACACACACACAGGGUGGCAAGUAGCCUUGUGGUUUAACCACUGAAAGGUCGCUAGUUCGAGUCCCCAAGCCGACAAGGAUAAAAAUCUGUCAAUGUGACCAUGAGCAAGCUACUUAACCCUAAUGCUGUCAUGAAACGCCUCCCACACCCAUCCUCACAGAUUACAAUCUCUGUCAUUGAACACGACACACGCACAGGUUAACUUUUAUUGGGAUGAAUCUGGUCCUGGAGGCAGAGCUGAGCGGGUUUCGUUAGCUGGUCCAGCCACAAAGUCAAAAUUGUUUAUAUCGCUUUUUUAUUUUUAUUUAGGGUUAGGCACAAGGUUAGCAGUGGGAUUAAGGUUAGGGUUAAUAUUAGGGAUUAGAGAUUUUAUUACUUUUUGGCUGUGGCAGCUAGCGACCACCCUGCAGAGCUGCCUCUAGUACAUGAGUCAUCCCAGUAAAUACCAACCUGCCACACACACAAAAGAUGAGAGAGAGGGAUGUUGGGGGAUAUCAUCGCCACCCCGCCCCUCAUGUUCUCAUCUCUCCAGCUGUACAGCAGGCUGGGUUAGGGGCUGUCGCUGUGGGUUGAUCUGAUAGGGACCUGGCUGGUUUGUCAGGGAACAAGCUAGUGAUGUGAUGCUCUGAUUGGCCUGUAAACACGGUCUCCUGUUACCCCUACUGAUGGGGCCUCCAGCCCUCUGUCUUCUGUAUCUUUCUUUCUUCCUCUCUCUUUCUCCCUUUCUCUUUCUCCCUCUCUCUUUCUCCCUCUCUCUUUGUCUCUCUCUCUUUCUCCCUCUCUCUUUGUCUCUCUCUCUUUCUCCCUCUCUCUUUGUCUCUCUCUCUUUGUCUCUCUCUCUUUCUCCCUUUCUCUUUCUCUUCUUUUAACCCCCCCUUUCCUCCCAUUUCUUCUUCUCCUUUUCUCUCUCCACUCUCCCCUCCCCUCUCCCCGGAAGGGGGUUUCCAGUAGACGUUCCAGGCAGUGCCUUCCUUCCUUCAUAAUCCUCUAAUGUGAGGGAUUUAGCAACAUUUGAGGGAAUAAUGACUUCACUCAGAAACACACUCAGGCAGGCGGAUCAGGCCGUAUAAUAAUGUAAAAGUCACCACAGACAAUGCAGUGUAAUAGUCAGUACAGAAGGAAAUGGGAGGUGAUGCUCGCCAAAUCACAGCUCACACCAGUGAUCAGUGUUUUCACUCAUACGGCUUUUUAGUCCCAAUGCAAUUGCACCAGGAUCUGUUUGCCAUAGUCUGAACCCUCUGACUUUGAUUGACAGGUUUAUGCUAUGCCACAGUGUGUUAAUUACUGUUCUGUGAGGUGAUAGUUCAGGUGGUGGCGUCUGGGAGGAGAGCUGCAGGACAAAGACACACGCGGGCACAAACACACACACCGCACAGCCAUAACCAUCUUCAGUUCACCCAUUCAUCACCCAUACAUACUCCAUAGUAUAAUAUUGAAUGAUCAUACAGUACAUACGUGAUGUAUAUAUUAUUAUAACGAUUAUAUUGUGCAACAAAACAUAUGCAAUCAUCAGGGUUAUUACUAUAAAGGGGAGGUAUUCAAUGCCUCAGCAAUGUCCCUGUCUUCUGGGUCGUAUUCACUAGGCACCAAAUUGGAGCAAGCAGACUUAAACAGAAAUGGACUACCUGAACAAUAAUCAACGCUCAUAUUCGUUUUCAAUUGUUUUGCUACGGUGUGCACUAAUGAAUACAACCCUGCUGUCUUCCUGUGGUUCUUUUGUGUGUUGAUGCUGGUCAUUGAGGCACAAAAUGGAUUAUGAUGUGAAUCUGGUCCUCAGAAUGCUGGGAAAUGUAGUGUUUUACAAUACUGUAUGUCGCAAGGGAAAGUAGUGUUUGAACUGUAGUAAGGAAUAAGUGUAGUGAAAGACUGUCCUCUCCUGUGACUCUCCUGUGACUCUCCUGUGACUCUCCUGUGACUCUCCUGUGACUCUCCUGUGACUCUCCUGUGACUCUCCUGUGCUUAUUUGAACUGUUUCCCAGCACAAUGGCAUUAUGCUUUUUUGAAGUGAAGGCAGCUCAAAUUCCAGCUGAACUAUUGGUUUCAUUUGUUUUAAUGUGCAAGCCAUCUGGAUAAUGUCUUGAUAUGAUGAAAUGUGUAUAAGAGAUGUAUUUUUUAUUUUUGAAUUGUUUUGAUGGAAUGUGAUAGUGUGUGUACAGGUUGCAUUGUGAAGUGUCCCCAUCCACCCCAACUCUGUUUUCUAACUGCAGUGCAUGUUAGCUACCACCAGAUGGCAGCAGCAUAAGCACAUCUUUCCCCUCACCUCUUUCUCUGCAUGUCUCUCCUCCACCUUCAACCAUGCUUUACUUAUGGUCUCUGGGGGUUGUUUGAAUUCAUUAUGAGAUAAUUUAGGAGUUGCCUUUAAAAUGAUAGCCCCACCAUAAACAUAACAGAGAGAACAUUUCCGGUUGCAACCAGGCUUUCUAAGCAUGGGAUCUAGUAAUCUACUAACACAGAGAGAUAUGAACAGCCUUUCUAAGCAUGGGAUCUAGUAAUCUACUAACACAGAGAGAUGUGAACAGCCUUUCUAAGCAUGGGAUCUAGUAAUCUACUAACACAGAGAGAUAUGAACAGCCUUUCUUAACAUGGGAUCUGGUAAUCUACUCCCCCGCCUUUUCCACGAGAGGUGAACUCCGGCGGUAAGGGGUUUACACUAGCAGGGCUUCUUCCUUCCCUGUGUGUGUCUUUAUCCUCUACCCAGAGAGAACAGAAUAAAGCCUCAGGGGUAUCAAUGAUCUGAUCUCUACACUAUCUUUCCUCACCUAGCACACCCACUACACCCAACAAUCUGUUCAUUUCUCUCUCUCCCUCUUACUAUGCCCUUCCUCCAUCUUGCCCUCUAUAUCGAACUCUCUUUCUCUGUUUCUCUCUCUCUCUGCUUCUCUGUAUUCUGACCCUGUUUCGGUGAAAUGGUUGAAACCCAGCACUGUAUCUUCAUACCAGGAUAGGAUAUACACUAUAUACUCUGUUAUAUUGUAAAAUAGAGAGGAGAUGUUUCAGGUGUUUCAGUCUACUCCACCAGACAGCCACAAACAGACUUCUUGUAGCUGAAACAACCAUCAUCUCACCGGUAGUCAUGGACAAGCCGUUAAAGCCUUUGCUUACAGAUAAGAAGCCAUAGUUAUAUUGAUCGACAACAGAGCGGUCUGCUGUCUGCACUGUGUCUCUCAGCUGUGCCACUCUGUAUAGUGCAUUGUUCACCUUGUUAGAACAUAAUUUAUGAAGCCAAAUAUGUCUACUGUACCUAUAUUUGACAUUCUGGAGUCUAAACACCAUGGCAACCUGCCACUGUGGCCUAACUAACCUAUAGCCGUGCAAUCUGAGUUCAGAGUGGAACAUAACCACAUAGUAUUGUAUCAUACUGUAAAUAUGUAAAUAUCACACAAUAAACACAAAUGUAUAUGGCUUCUUUUUAAUAUCA